AUGUCCGGAUCUGCUCAGCACACGGCUUUCAGCCACGGCCCUGAUAAUGUAUCGUACAAGUACAAGCCACUCCACGAAGAGGACAUCAGGAUCGUCAAGUUCGACACAGAGGCCUCGCGAGAUGACCUGCGUCUAUUGUCCGAGCACAGGCCAAGGGGCAUGGAAAUCCCGUACUAUGCCUUGUCCUACUGCUGGGGCGAUGCGAGAGUUCAGAAGCGAAUUACUCUCGAUGACCAAUCAUUCAUGGUGACCUCAAGCCUGCUCGAGGCUUUGACUGCGCUUUCAGCUUGGCUGGGACCAAAGCAUGCGUAUUGGAUUGACGCAAUCUGCAUCAAUCAGCAUGACAUCAACGAGAGAAACUCCCAGGUCCAGCAGAUGUGGCGCAUAUUCAGCGGCGCUGUUCGCGUCGUCUCAUGGCUUGGACCGGAUGACCACGACACGAAGGCUUUGUUCGAUGCCUGGACAAAGGCUGGAAACGAGACGACUGAAGUUGACGAAGCAAUUGUCGAAAGAGGAAUCGGUGCUAUCCUUUCUCGGCCGUACUUCACCAGGACCUGGGUCAUCCCCGAGAUCAUGCAGGCCCGUAAGAUUGUCCUCGCUUGCGGCUCUUCGUACUUCCCUCAACGAGCUAUGCAAGCAUGGCUAAGCAUGACCUCCAGCGCUCUACGGAACAGACACGAACUCUUACUAUGCUCCCAUCUUCGCCGUUUCUCCGAUUUGCCUAAGAUUGCGUUAUCAUCGCCGUUCCAACUCAACGUGGUCAUUACAGCCUACGAAUCCAGCUCCUGCUCCGAUCCUCGAGACAGAGUCUUUGCCAUGUUGAGCGACCCUGGAACCGUUGCGCUCAGACCAGCGCUUUGGCUGAAAGCGGACUACUCCUUGACUGUCGAAGAGCUGUGGCUGGAGGUGAUGAGGCAGCACACGGCACUAAAUCUACAUCACGCUUGGGACCAACUCGCCAACGAUGUCUCGGGUUUUGGAAGCUGUCUAGCAGAUGCUUUGGGUGUUCGAGUAAGAUCCGAACCAUUUGGCAGAUGGCUCGCACAGCAGAUAGGUAUCGCAUGGCAGCCUGAUGACUGCAGCAGCCAUGUUGCAGUGCUCAAAGCUGGAGGUGUCAUCAUGAUCGGCCGAGCCCUGCAUCCCAUCAUCUGA